AUGUCGCCCAGUGCCACUCGCAAUCUCAAUGCGGGAGCGGUGCCCGCUACAAUCUUGGAGGAUGCAGCGCUCAACGCUUGCAUAGAUGCGCUGCUCCCUCGCACUUACAGCUUUGAGAUCCACAAGACGAUCCAUCAGAUCAGGUUCUACCGCUGCAGCAUGGUAGCUCUGCAGAUGCCCGAGGGCUUGACACUCUGGUCAACUGCUAUUUGCGACAUCAUCGAGAGGUGAGCUGGCGGCUGGGCAGGCCCGGGAUGACGGGCUGGCGAGCGCGACGGUUCUUGCGUACUGAAGAGCACGACGAUAUCGCGCACAGAUUUACAGAGGCUGGAACGCUCAUCAUGGGCGAUGUCACCUAUGGAGCAUGCUGCGUCGACGAUUACACUGCAAGGGCUUUAGGCGCCGAUCUGCUGAUCCACUAUGGCCACAGCUGCCUAGGUGAGUAGACCGCACAUGCUGGCAUCUCAGCUCCCUGUUUUGAGUUUGGGAUAUUUUUCUUUGCCACCUUUGCUAAAGCGCCGCAUUUCAAUCGAUCGUUCGAUCGGUCGCACGCUUGCGCGCCUCGCAGUCCCGGUCGAUCAGACCUCGAUCAGGACGCUAUACGUCUUUGUGGAGAUUGCCAUCGAUGCCGCUCAUCUAGCAUCAACAGUACGGGCCAACUUUCCCUCGUCACGCGAAGAGUUUCGCAGGAGAAUCUUGUCGGAUAAAAUCCAAUCCGACCCUUCUGCUGCAACGAGCUCGCGAAGCGUCAGGCAUGUAGAUGUGCAACUGGAAGCGGAAGGGUCUGCUCGAGAGGAGGACGCGAAGCUCAAGAUUGCCAUGGUCGGGACUGUUCAAUUCAUUGCAGCGUUGCAGGGUCUCAAAGAAGACUUGGAAGAGCCUUGGCCAACAGAGGAUUUCGCACAGGGCAGCACGCCUAGGCUAGCAAUCGAGGGAAGCACUUCUGCACAUCAGCAAGACUCUUCGUCUUCCUCAUCAAUUGCCCCAUCCACAUCCAUCAACUCGUACCCCAGUCCACCAAGGUACGACAGGGGCGCAUACGCACCGCUUAUUCCUCAAAUCAGGCCCCUCUCUCCAGGCGAGAUUCUGGGAUGCACAUCACCUGUACUCCCCGCCGAUACAGAUCUGGUACUCUACGUAGGGGACGGCCGCUUUCAUCUGGAAAGUGUCAUGAUUGCCAAUCCAAGGAUUCCCGCAUUCAGGUUCGACCCGUACGAUAGGGUCUUUGUCAGGGAAUUCUACGACCACGAGAGAAUGCGAAAGGAUAGGAGCGAUGCGGUCAAGAUGGCUAGGGCUGGUACUGCUACCGUUUCUGCUUCGAGACGGAAGGCAGAAGCGCCAUCGAUUCAACUUGGCGGAGAGAGCGACACGGUCCAAGCCGCUACGCAAGUGGUACAGCAGCCCAAGGCUGCUGGUUGGGGUGUGAUUCUAGGCACGCUAGGCCGACAAGGCUCCCUCUCCGUCCUAUCCAACAUCUCCACCAUCCUUUCGCAGAGCUCUCGUUGCAUCCCAGUAGUUCCCAUCCUCCUCUCGGAACUCUCGCCCGCCAAAUUGGCCCUCUUUGGGCCUCACUUGGACGCUUUCGUUCAGAGCUCUUGUCCUCGGUUGUCCAUAGAUUGGGGCAGCGCUUUUGAGAAACCUCUGUUGAGCCCUUAUGAGGCUGCGGUGGCUGUGGACAAGACGAGGGGAUGGGAUGAGAUCAGGGGAGAAGGUGUGGGUAUGGUGGGAGCUGAGAAAGCUAGUCGAGCAGUCCAAGAAGUGCGUGUUCCGUCUUUGGCGCCACCGAAUCAAGGGGCCCAUGCAAUAGACAGCGAGGAGAGAGAGGCAAGCGAAAAUAAUCGUGAUGGGACAGAAGGACUCAGAUCAGGCUCGGAAGCGGAUUACCCCAUGGACUUUUAUGCGGACGAUUCUAGAGGCCCUUGGACGCCUAGGCAUGGAAUGGCAGUCAAGAAGAGGUCGACGGCGCAAAAAGGAGGCUUGAGCAACAAGGCUUUGCUAAGGAAAGCUGCUGCUGCGCGAGCUCAAGCACAAGCUCAAACACAGACGCAGACGCAGACACGGACAUCUCCCUCCAACCAGGCGGUUUGA